CAAUUCGCUUCCACUCCCGUUCACUUUGACACUGACCAUGAGGCGCUGGGGUGCUGAAGGAAUAUUUGGACUUGGUGGUGGCGCCAUAUCCAAGGAAUCACAGAGCAACUUAGACAAAGGACAGGAAUGGAUGAACAAAAAAAAACCUGAGAAAGCAAUACCUUUUCUUUUGAAGGCUAUGGAAGACCCCCGUAAUUUGGAUGCAUGCAUUAGUCUCGCUCUAGCGAUGCCGCCCGAUAUCGCCAUCGAGUUCUUGAAGAGAGGGGAACAACAAGGUCGUGAUGGCCUGAAGAGGUCGCUCGGAGAGGACUGCUUUGAAGACAAUGCGCGGUAUGGUGCGCCUAAAUUCUGGAGUAUACUUGAAACUCGGCCGUAUAUGCGUCUCCUUGGUACCAUGACGCGUAUAUAUGUUCAGUUAGAGGACUGGACCAAAGCCAUAGACUUGUCACUCGAGAUUCUCCGCAUCUGCAGUUCGGACAAUAUGGGACAGCGAUAUUGGGUCGGGUCGCUGCUCUUACAAGCAGGGCGUCCGGCCGACGCACUCUAUUUUACUCAGCAAUGGAUUAACUCUACUGACGGUACUCCGCCCGGAAGUGGAAUGGACUUGAAGGAGCCGUCUUCGGCACCCCUAACUAAGAAAAUUAAAUGGGUUCAUGACGAAAUGGUCUACCCCGCAGCUUUGGCAGCUUUUACUCUCUGGGGCGACUGCGAGCUUGCUCGACAAUAUUUACAUGCCGCUGUCAAAGCAAACCCUCAGGUGCUCAUCAAAGUGCUUGCAAAUUCCAAGAGACCAUCCGACCUUAAAGCCACUCCAACCCGUUCAAUGAACGGGCGAGAAACGGCUCAUGACCACCUGUGGCUUACGCAGGACUUAUGGUCGAAGCUAGAUGUCGUGAGUUGGGUGGACAACGACGUCUUCGUGAAACAGCAUGUGUUAAGAACAUGCAGCGAACCAGGAUGCGGAAAGAGGGAAGAAACCGUGAAGCAAUGGCAGCAGUGCUCUGGCUGUAAGAAGGUACAUUAUUGCAGCCGGGCUUGCCAGAAGGAUCACUGGAACGCGCACAAAAAAAUGUGUAAAAGUGAACAGCAGUACGCUCUGCUCUCAAAGAUGUAUUGAUGCAAGCUACGAACUGAUUGAUUUUUUUGGUCGGCGGAAGAGCAAUUUGAGAUCAAUUGUAUGCAUCAAUGGACUCCACACUAUGUACUGCUUAGGCAUUAUUGGAAUCUAUACCAAAUACCUAGUGUCUGCGCGUAUAUCCAUGAAUUGCGAAGCUCAGCU